UUUUGGUCCUGGUUGUGGUUCUCCUCGGCGAUCCGGCGGGAUGGAGUGGUGGGAUCGCGUGGCGUUUCCGAUGAGGAGGGUCUGGAUCGGCGUCACCACUCGCCUCGGCCUCCGGAAGACUGGGUUGGGGAGGCUGAGGAAGGAGGUGAGCACGUGCGAGUAUGAAGACGUGCACGUGAUGUGGGAGCUGCUGCGGAGGACGGACGCGGAGGUGGCGAGGAUGAGACCGGGGGAGGAGGGAGGGAGGGAGGGGGCGGCACGUGUGGGAUGUGUUCGGGUGGGCUCGGCGAGCGGCGCCGUGCAACUACUGCCGGGGCUUCUGAGCCUCUCGCACUUGUGAGAGACCCUGUGUCUGUGUGUGUCUUUUGACCUUUGUUAAGGCGUGGGAUUUUAUGUUGUGUGCGUCAUCCUCCACUGUAGAUGCCACCAACCAUCGAGAAUGGGAAUGGAGAGGAGAGAGAUGCCACGUGUUGGUCUCCUCCCCCUUGUUGAUACCUCUGGUGUUCGACCAAGGCUUUUUUUUUUUUGGUUUCUUGAUAUAUUUAGUAUGAAUAAAUGUUUAUAGAUUUUAAUUAUGG